AUGGAUCGAGCAUCACGAAGACGCCCGGCGUUGCUUCUCGUCCUAGCUGCUGUCGUCAGCGUGCUCUGCCUCGCGCGAGUCGCGUCAGCUUAUACCGGGUACCAGCAAAUGGUAGCGAAGCUGAAAAAGAAGGGUUACAGCACGGCCCUUGCCGCGUGGCAAACGUCUGGCCUGAACAACACACUCAAGCAAUGGCUACCAACAUCGAAGAUGACGAUACUGGUGCCGCGCAACAGCGCGUUUGACAAACUCACGGGCAGCUAUCAGUACUCGAAGCUCAAGAAGAACCCCAAGGCGCUGCUGCAGGUCAUGGCGUACCAUGUGUUCAAGCAACGCUUCUCCAACUCCACGCUGCAGGCGAUUAAAGUCGGCACGCAGUUCGCCACUCUGGAUUACAAGUUUGUGAUGCUGAAGACAGGCACCAAGCCAGCAAGGUUCACCAAGAAAGGGGCCGCUGGAGGAGCGAAGAUCGUUGCUGGAGACUUGUAUGUGGACCCACAGGUAAUUGUGCAUGGGGUAGAUACUGUCAUCAUCCCACCCAAGAUUGUCAAGUGA